AUGACAAAGUCUGAGAAAGAUAUUGAUUCCGGCGACAACGCCUCGACGGCAAUGGGCGGCGUGGCGGCCCAGAUUGAUAAGGAGGCUGAGAGAAGGGUGCUGUCCCGGUUUGACUGGUUCGUGAUGCCGCAGAUGGCCAUUCUCGUGCUCUUUGCGUACUUGGACAGGACCAAUAUUGGCAACGCCCGCGUCUUCGGCUUCGAAGAAAGCACCGGCAUGUCCGGCACCGACUUCAACAACGUCUCCAUGUUCUUCUACAUCACCUACAUCGUCUUCGAGACGCCCUGGGUCCUCGCCGUCCGCCGCUUCGGCCCUGGCCGCGUCCUCGCCGUCGCCAUCGUCUGCUGGAGCGCCGUCACCCUCGGCACCGGCUUCGCCCACAACUACGGCCAGAUCAUCGCCUGCCGCGUCCUCCUCGGCGCCUUUGAGGCGGGGCUCUUCCCGGCGCUCACGUUCGUCAUCUCGGGCAUCUACCCGGCCGCGUCACAGGGAAAGCGCAUCGCGGUGCUGUACGUCAGCAUCGCGCUGUCGGGUGCGGUCGGAGGGCUGAUCGCGUACGGCAUCCAGAGCAUGGGUGAGCGGCACGGGCUGGAGGCCUGGCGGUGGCUGUUCAUCAUAGAGGGCGCGGUGUCGUUGAUCAUUGGCGUCAUCUGCUGGGUGAGCCUCCCGGGGUCGCCGGAGACGGCAUGGUUCCUGAGCAGCGAGGAGAAGAGCACCAUGGCGCUGCUAAAGAUUCGAGACCAUCCGUACGAGGAAGAUGCGCACAAGUUCUCCUGGAGGCAGGUAGGCCUGGCAGUCUCCGACCCGCUGGUGUGGCUCGCGUCCACGGCGCUGUUCUGCUCGUCCAUCGCCAUGUUUGGCUUCAGCACCUUUCUGCCCACCCUUCUCAAGGGCAUGCAGUAUACCUCGCUGCAGGCAAACUACCUCAGCAUCCCCGUGUAUGUCUUGGCGUCCAUCGGCACCGGCGUCACCACCUUUGUCUCGGACCGCAUUGGUCGGCGCGCGAUAUGCCUGAUUCACUCGCCCAUCCUGGUCAUGGUCGGCUACGCCAUCGGCAUUGGCUCCAGCAACAGAUCCGCCGGUUACUUUGGCAUGUUCAUUGUCGGUGCCGGCGUCUACUCCUUCAACACCGUCCUCCUCACUUGGGUAUCGAACAACAUUCACCCCGAUUACAAGCGGUCAGUGGCCAUUGCCAUGGUAGUCUCCCUUGCCAACGCGGCAGGGCUGGCCGCCUCGCAAAUCUACCCAAUCGGGGAUGCGCCUCGCUAUAUUCUCGGAAACUCGCUGUCACUCGGCUUUGAGGCGCUGGCACUGGUCUCGGUGGCUCUCAUCUACAUGCUGCUGCGGUACAGAACCAAGCAAAAGGAGAAGUUGAUCAGCCAGGGUGUAGAAAGCAACGGUAAGGAGGGAGACCAGAGUCUAGACUUUGACUACGUAAUGUAG